AUGUCGAAUUGGAAUGGACAGCCACUACUGGAAUACCUGAGUAGCCGUACCAUUGGCCAACUAGAUAAGCUGUAUUCAUAUCCUGCAAUAUCGUUUGCUAUUUUCCGACUCUUGCCGGAACUUUCACAGCAGCUUAUCCUGAAAAUACUUUGGCUAAAUGGUACUGAAAAGAAGUGUGAAUGGCGUACAUGGUCAGUCCCAGAUUUCGAGGUAGCAAUGAUGAAUCAUGUCAAUGGAUUGAGGAAAUUGAAGAUAAUUAUUGGAGAUGAAGAAGUUAUGAUUAAUUCGCAUGUAUCAAAAGAUAGCUUGACUGGUGGCUUAAUGAAUUUCUUUUGGGAGAUCAACUAUCAGCCUGUGUAUCGUCGUGCAUAUCUUAAAGCAACUCGUAUUGGAUUGUGCAAAGCAUCAGAGCUCAGUGUAGUUACAGACUGCGAUGAGAAAACUCGAAAAUCGGCAAAUAAAGAUCUCGGAAGAAAAGCAAUUGAAAGAUGGGAAUGCAUAUUGCAUUAUUUGGCUUUACCGUCGCAGAAAAGCGAGCAAGGUGUCAGUGGGACCACUAAAAUGCUUUUCAGAUCCGCGGGUCUGACUAGCACUGAAAAUGAAGAUGGUGAUAUAGAAAUAACAUCAGCAGGUUUCCAAUUUCUAUUAUUAAAUCGUUCGGAGCAAAUUUGGACCUACCUCUUGCAUUAUUUUCAUAUGCAAGAAGUAGCUGAUAAAGAACGACCCGCCGGUAGUCGAGCAUUUCUUAUCGAUGAAAGUUGGCCUGAGCCUAUCAAGGAUUUUUUGAUGCACCUCAGGGAAUUGGGAUUGAUUUUUAUAAGGAAACGAAAAGACGGGUUUUUCUUCUUAACUCCUUUACUCAAUCAUUUGACCGGUAUUUCCUAUACAUCUGAAACAUGCAUAGCAAACCGUAAUCAAGAAGGCUUUGUGAUAGUGGAGACAAACUAUCGGGUUUAUGCAUAUACAGAUUCAACCUUGCAACUUGCAAUACUUUCGACAUUUACAGAAAUGCUUUACAGAUUCAAUGAUAUGUCCGUGGGUGUGCUGUCCCGGGAAACUGUAAGAAGAGCUUUUCAGGUUGGUAUAACAGCAGCACAAAUUAUAUCAUUUCUGCGUGCAAAUGCUCAUCCAACAACUUAUGCUGUAACAACUGAAUGCGGUGGAGUGAUACAGAGUGUACCGACAACUGUUGCCGAUCAGAUACGGCUUUGGGAAGAUGAAAGGCGACGUUUGGUAUUAUGCAAUGCUGCUGUUUAUUCGUCAUUUGAAUCUGAAAAGGAAUAUUAUGGUAUCUUAUUAUGGAGUGAUGAUGCGCAGAAGUUGCUAGUUAUUACAGAAGAAGGACAUGAAAGUGUGAAAGCGUGGUGGAAGAUGAAAACUGGUAAAAAUGGUUCUUAA